ACUUGUUUGAUCUAGCGAGCCCAUUAGCGUAAACAUCGCGACGCGCUAAAAAAAAAACAACUGCCUAGCGGCAUUCCCUAACCAAAUGCCGGGGAACAGCACCAUUAGCGAAGAAGAAAGUUAUACUUUGUGAGCCGUACGUAAUUCAAUUUUAAUAAGUGUACCAGUAAGUUUACUACUACCACUACUACCUGAUAGUCCACUAAAUUACCGACAAUCUAUACUACCAGUACUAUCAGUACUACCAGUAAUUUACAGGUAAGUGUCCACUAAAAACUUAACGACUCACUAUGAAAGAGGGCCGACCCUCUGAUGAGGUCCCUCGACCUCAUGAUGACCAUGUAAGGCCAUCAAUGAUUCCUGGAGUCAUCACUAAGGGUAUCAAGAAACUUUCCAAAUCAUCAUCCAUCUUAAAUUUUGGAUCUAUUACUGAUCCAACUACUCAAAAUGAUCCUCAGUCCACUAAUUUUCAGGCUCUUAGUUAUGAGUCUAUGCCUAAUAAUCAUACGCCUCCACCACCUUUACCACCAUUUCCUCCAUUACCAGGACCUUCUACUGGGAUACGACAGUCUUCUAUGAGUUCUUCAUCAUCAGUAGAAGGUCGUCAUAAAGAUGGAGAAUCAUCCAAUAUCUAUAGUAAUCUUAGUAGUAAUGGAAGUUUUUCAUCAUUAGAUCCAAAAUCCAAACCAUGGCAUCAACCAGAUCCUAAAUUAGCAUCUAUAGGACUUAAUUUAGUAGGAUUUGGAUUAUCUACUGAUGAUUUAAUGCCUCCACCUACUAUAAAGAAAAUAUCAGUAGUAAGAUCUCCAAAAUUAAGACCAACAGAAUCUUAUACUUCAAUACCAGAUCUGCCAGAAACAUCUCCUCAUCCAAAUUCUUUACAAUCAUUUGCAGCUGUUGCUUCUCAUAUGAAUCAAAUGCCUCGACCAGAAAUAGUCGAUCAAUUGUUUGAAAGAUUAUUAUCUAAUCGAGUGUUUUCUGAAAAGGCUUUAAAGACUCUACGAGAUCAAUCAUCUAAGAGGAAAUGGGAACUUUUACUACGAGAAAAUGAGACUAAUGCUAACUUUGAUUUAGGAGCUUUAACUAGGAUUGCUUAUCGAGAUGAAGGAUCAUAUGGUAGUCGAUCAGAUAGAUCAGAACGAUCAGAUCAGGGUUCAGUUCGAGUAUUGAGUACUGGAUCUAAUUCUAGUGCUGGAGCCAAUUCCAAUACUAAUGCUAAUGCUAAUGCUAAUUCUGAGAUUUCUCAUAAGAAAUCAUUAAAAGUAAAAGAUGGAUCACCAGAAUGGUUUGUUAUGAGAAUAAUCUCCAAUAAACUUACCCUUAGAGAAUAUAGAAAACUUGAGAAAAGACUCUUUGAGGAUCGUCAAUUACCCAAACAAGGCAUUAGUUGGGUUAAUUCAUUUCAUAAAGCUCAGGGAGAAACUGCACUUUCAGUAAUACUUUCCCGAAUUAAUCGAAAAAGUAUUAAAUCUAAUGAAGAAUUUGAAAUUGAAUUCAUUAUUGUUAAAUGUUUUAAGAAUAUUUUAAAUGCCGAAACGGUUAUGACGGGAGAUUCUGAAUUUGCCCUUGUUCGAAAUAAAUCUCAUGUAAUUCGUUCAAUGAUUUAUUCUUUAGUAUCUCCUAAAGUUUCUACUAGAAUUAUUGUUACAGAAGUAUUUAUAUUCUUAUCAUAUUAUGAAGGAGGACUUUUAUUAGAAUCUAUAUUAGAAAGUUUAGUUCAAUUACAAGAUCUUUUAGGAGAUUUUAUUCGAUUUCAACCAUGGAUUAAUGCAUUAGAAUCAUUUGUUGAUCAAUACUUUGCAGUUCGAAGUGAAAGACCUUCAAGUGAAGAAACUCUUCAAAAUUAUUCAUUAAUUAGUUUACUAUUAGUUAAUGCCAUAAUUAAUGGAACUAAUGAUAUUUCUACUCGAUUAUCACUUCGAAAGGAAUUUACAGAAUCUCGAUUAUUAAAAGUAUUUGAUAAACUUAAAAUGCUUAAUGAUAUUCGAAUUAAUGAAGAGAUUGAAAAUUAUGAACAAUAUGCUGAAGAUGAUUAUAAUGAAUUUAUUGAUGUUGGAAAUGAAAUAAUUAGUAAGAAUUCAACGGAUUAUUCUAUUAUGAAUUUACCUAAUUUAUUAGAUCAUGUAAAGAAUCGAUAUCUGAUAAAUUCUGAUAAUGAACAUCAACACGAACAUGAACAUGAAGAUAUAAUUAGAGGCAUUUUAAGUAAAUUAUUAUUUCUUCAUGAUACUGAUAGAAGUAAUGCAGAAAUUGCUAGUUUACUUAAAUUAAUUGAUUCAGUAAUUCAACAUAUAAUUGCUGAAUCAAGUAUAAUAUCUUCAGAUGCAACAUCUAUAUUAAAUUUUUCAAUUCAAAAGAUUAUUGAUAGAUUAAUUUCUGAAGAUACUGCAAAACGAGUUAUAUUAGAAAAUCGAGAAUUAACUCAUGCUUUACAUAGGUUAGAAGAAGAAAAGAAAGAUCCUCGAAUAAAUUCUAAUGGUGAAUCUAUUGAAUCACUCAAGCAUGAACUUAAACUUAGUGAACAGAGUAUAUCUAAUCAAAAGAAAUUGAUAUCUCUAUUACAAAGAAGAACUACUCUACUAGAAGGAGAAUUAAAUAAAAAGGCUAAGGCCAAGGCUAAAGCAGAAAACCCACAAAUCGAUCAAGAUUAUGAUUCAGAUACUGAAUCAUAUGGAUCUGGAUCCAUGAGUUCUCUUAUGACAAUUACUAGACAACUAGAAGAAUCAGGUCAAGUUAAGAGAGCCAGAGAUCAAGUCAAAUCUUCUAUGGUACUUAAUAAUGGUAAGGAGAUGUUCCCUAUACUUGGAGGUAAGGGUAAGAGUCUGCAAACAAUCGUAGGUAUCCCUGAUGAACCAGGAAGUAUAACUCCAGUAGAUGUGCCACCCCCACCUCCUCCACCUAUACCUCCAUUCAUGCAAGUAUCUGGUGGUCAACUUAGUACAGCUCCUCCUCCUCCUCCUCCACCACCUCCUCCUCCUAUGCCUACAUUCAUGGAAAAGGUUCUGACCAAUGUACCGCCACCACCACCACCACCUCCUCCUCCAUUACCUCCAGGAUUUUCCUCUACAACCCCAUCUGCUCCUCCACCACCACCUCCUCCAUUGCCUCCAGCAUUCGCAUCACCAACUCCUCCUCCACCAGCGCCACCGCCACCUCCUCCAUCUUUAAUGAGUACUCCAACCAAACCGAAAACAAUUCCAAAAGAACUGACACAUGAAAAGGAAGCAACAACAACAGGAACAACAGGAACAACAGGAACAAAUAAGAGUAUCACUAGUACAGUUUCAAAAGAACCAAUGCCUACGGGUAUUAGACCCAAAAUCAAAUUGAAACAAAUCCACUGGGAUAAGAUAGACAAUAUCAACAAAACAUUCUGGAAGGAUAUAGAAUUUAUGAAAGUAUCUGAUAUGUUAGUAGAAAAGGGAAUUCUUGAAGAAGUUGAAAAGGCAUUUGUAUCCAAAACCACCAACAUUAAAUUUAAAAAAGUUGAUAAAAUUCAAGAAGAUGAUGGUGAUGAAGAUAAAAGUAAAAAAGUAUCACUUUUAUCACGAGAUUUAGCUCAACAUUUUGGAAUUAAUUUACAUAUAUUUGCCAAUAAUUCAGUAGAAGAAUUAAUUGAUAAAGUCUUACGAUGUGAUAAAGAAGUUCUUGAAAAUAUAAGUGUUCUUGAAUUCUUUAAUAGUGAUUCACUUAAUGAAAUUAGUGAUACUAUUAUUCGAAAUUUCAUGCCUUAUUCAACUAGUUGGGGAGUUAACGAAAAGCCUCCAAGUAAAGAUCCUCAUGAAUUAGAAAGACCCGAUAGAAUAUUCUUAGAAUUAUGUUUUAAUUUAAGAACUUAUUGGAAAUCAAGAUCAAGAGCUUUGCUUUUGAGUCAAACUUAUGAGAAAGAUUAUUCUGAUUUAUCUAAGAAACUUCAACUUGUAGAUGAAGCCAAUAGACAUUUAAAAGAAUCUCAAAGUUUAAGAGAUGUUCUUGGAAUAAUUCGAUCAGUUGGGAAUUUUAUGAAUGAUACAUCUAAGCAAGCAUUAGGAUUUAAAUUAGAUACUUUACAACGAUUAAAAUUUAUGAAAGAUGAAAAGAAUUUUAUGAAUUUCUUACAUUAUAUUGAAAAAAUUGUUCGUAGUUCAUUUCCAGAAUAUGGAUCAUUUGUUGAUGAACUUGGAUGUUUAUCAGUGAUUCAAAAUAUUUCCGUUGAACAAUUACAAGAAGAUUGUUUAGAAUUUAGUAAAUCAAUUACUAAUGUAAAGACUUCUAUAUUGAAGGGUAAUUUAAGUGAUAAAUCUAAACUUCAUCCUCAUGAAAAUGUUCUUAAUGUUAUUACUCCACUUUUAGAAAGAGCUGAUGAAAAGAAUAAAGUAUUGCAAGCUCAUUUAUCUCGAACUUUAAAGGAUUAUUAUUCUUUAAUGGAAUUUUAUGGUGAAAAUACUAAAGAUAGUGUUUCAAUUGAAGGAUUCUUUAAUAAAUUUGUUAUAUUUGUUAAUGAAUUUAAGAAGGCUCAUGUAGAGAAUAUUCAAAGAGAAGAAGAAGAAAGAGCUUAUGAGGCUAAGAAGAAAGCAAUUGCUGAUUCUAUUAGGAAAACUAAACAAGCUCAUGAUAAACUUGAAGAAGAAACAGGAGAAAGUUUUGAUGCUGAUGCAUCUGAUAGUGAUGGAGAAGAUCAAUUAGAAGAUUUUACAGGAGAUAAACAAGAGAUUGGUGGAGUGACAGAUAAAGAAAAGAAAUCUAGUACUAGUAGUAGUAGUAAUUCAAUUAAAGAUGGUGGUAGUGCAGUUAUCGAUAAUCUUCUUGAAAGACUUAAAUCUAGUGCUCUGUCAAUUGCAUCUUCCAAUUCAAAGGAUCGUAAAUCUAAAGAUCGUCGGAGUCAAGCAUUAUCAUUUUAUUCUACAAUGUCUUUAGAAGAUCUUUUAGAUAAACAUAGUAGUAGUCUUGUACCUGGAGAUAUGAUUGUUAAGAGUGCAUCAAGUAAUAUAGAAUAUGAAAGUGUUAAUUCACUUAAGAGACGUCUUACAGAGAGAAAGAAAACAACUCAUACGUAUGGAAGUGCCAGUGCCAACACUACCGAUCAAAUAAUGGUAAGAGCUCAUUCAAUGUUACAUCAAUUACGAGCAGAAGCUAGUUCAGGAUCAGGAUCAGGAUCAGGAUCUGAUGAGAUAUUUUUUGAAGCUGAUAAAUAAUAUUACCCAUCUAAAACUUAACUCUAACUCUAAUUGUAAAUGUAUAUGUAUAUAAUUAAAAUUAAAGUCACAUGCACAUCAGAGUCAAAACGUGGGGAGUAUGGCUCCCUGGCUUUCUAAUUUCCGUUGACUCUGCGCCGUAUAUCCUUUCGGGGUUCCAUUUUUUUUCUGGCGGAGUCAAACACCACUAGUCAUUGACUUCUAUCGCCCGUUGGACUAUCUUAUCUCUCUCCAUCUCUGUCUUACAUAUGCGUUAUAUCUCUCUCUCUAUCUCUUCAUUAAAUCUAUGAUCUAUAACUGUGUUGUAUUCCUCUAAUACUCAACUCUAAGACUCACCCACCCCUGCCAGCCAAUCAGAGGCCCCCUCUGCCGGAUGAGUCAUUUGUGAAAAUUUUUUGCUUACCACCACCCAAUUUUCCGAAGAGGGCCUGCACAGGAGGACG